GGAGGAGGCGGGGGAUCACAUCCGGGGCUGGUUUUAUUCUAAUAACGAACCUCCAACCCGGAAAAAGUGCUAAGAAGCAGACUUUUCUGUUAUCGAUCACACUGACAAAUAAGCAGGGCGGGCAGGGGUCCUCUGGUGCACGCUGGACCUCCAAAAAGUUGUUUUUAAAACUUGUUGGCUUCCGACAUGUAGGUCUACUGGUGUCGUCGCAAGUGUGCUUCGUAGCGGUCCUGGGAGCUGGUUGUGUUGGGGCAAGAGUCUGCGAGGCGGUGACAUGUGAUAGCGGCAGCAUGCCGUACAUGGACCGACUGAACCGCGUGUGUGGAUUCCUGGAUAUCGAAGAGAAAGAGAACAGUUGCCGUUUCCAGAGGCGUUACUUCAUCCUGGACACUCAGGGGAAUGCUUUGCUGUGGUACAUGGACAACCCUCAGAACCUGCCCAGUGGAGCAAGCUUUGUUGGCAGCGUGAGACUAACCUAUAUCUCCAAGGUAAAUGAAGCUACUGGGAAGCAGAAGCCAAAGACAGAGUUCUGCUUUGUCAUCAAUGCAGUAUCCCGAAGGUACUUCCUCCAAGCCAAUGACGCGACAGACAUGAAGGACUGGGUCACUGCUCUCAACCAGGCCAGCAAGAUCACCGUUCCUAAGACUGGUGCUGCACCUGCAAAAUCCGACGUGGCCUCAGUUAUCAGUGACACUUACCGAGUGGGGAAGCAGCAAGCAUAUAAGACGGAGAUCCACGGAGGCGUGGUAGUGCACACACCCAUUCUGGUAAAAUGGCCUGACCUUAAAACUACAACUUGUAUGUUAGCAAAUACUUUCCGCGUGUCAUUAUGGAUGAGUCAAACACGCGCUGUCCAAAAGCAUGUGCUGAUAACACGCGGUUGUUUUAAUGACACCAUCAUUACCUUGCAGAAUGAGAGCAUCAAGCCUGAUGUGCUGAGGUUCGGUUACUGUGUCAAACAAGGCAAUGUUAGAAAAAGCUGGAAGAGACGCUUUUUUACCCUCGAUAACAAUGCGGUCAGUUACUACAAGUCAGAGAUGGACAAAGAGCCUCUGCGAGCCAUUCCCCUCAGGGACAUUCAGAAAGUUCAUGAAUGUCUCGUCAAAUCGGGUGAGCUCCUGCAGAGAGACAAUCUGUUUGAGAUCAUCACCGGAUCCCGAACCUUCUACAUACAGACAGACUCUCCAGAGGACAUGCAUGGUUGGAUCAGGGACAUUGAGAUGAAGAUUCAGGAUUUUAGAGGCCCUAGCAAGGGAUUUUCAUUUAAAAGAGCUUCAUCUCUUUAUCGGAGUCACAACGCUUCAGCGAGUCGAAGCCACCGAGUCGUCGAGCAGCGGCCGACUCUGGUCAAGUCGUGCUCCGUGGCACCGGGCUGGCAGCCGUGGACGCCUAUCCCUGCGAAUGAGGCGUCCAUCUUGGAUGCGGACGACAACGACAGCGCUUUCAGCACCGUGCCCACAUUGGCCUCACUCUCCUCCUCCCCCAACUCUUCCUCCACGUCCUCCUCCUCCAACUCUCUCUCCACCCUAAACCCGUGCCCCGGUAUGCCUAUUAGUGGAUUGGGCAUCCUCACGGCAUCCGGAGACGUGGCAUGCGGGCGUCGGAGGCACCGUUCGCAGCCUCAGUCUCACACAGGCUGCAUGUUCCCCUUUAGCCUGGAUGAUGACAGCAUCCGCACCACUGAUGUCUAGGUUCUGUGGGUUCUAUGUGGUUCUUGUUUGUCUAUUUGACUGGUCAUUGUGGUAUAUCCCCUUACUAACAAGGUGACCCUGUGUCAAUGUUAUGACUAGCAACGAGGGCCCCCAGCUAGUCAUCUCAAUGUGUUGCAGAUGAUCUGGGAGCCAAGAGGAACAGUAGCGCUGAAUUGUUAGAGGGCUGUUUAAAAAAAAAAAAAAAAAGGAUUCUGUUGUUGGUUUGUGCAACUUCCUCAAAAACUUGAACUUUGAUUGUUGGACUGCAGGGCUACAAAUGGCACAUGCAUUUAACCAUUUGCACUUGUCUUCAAUUUGACCUUCGGGGCAGAAAAAAAAAAAAAAAUGCUAGAUGUUGUCAGCAUGUACUGUAUAUUUUAGUAGUUCAUAGGCCUCCUCUUUUAGCAUUCUUUCCGUGAUAGACGUGUGACGCAGCGAUUGUCGGCAUUCGACAAGCAUUUCCUGACCACAAACGAGACAAGUGAAAGUGUUCAGUCAACUUCAAUCUUAAGAAAACAAAGUUCACACAACAGUGUAGAUUGAAACAUCAGCCAUUGCUAAGCAGGAAGUGGUGAUGCCGUAAUAAAUAAUACAGCCGCUCCAUAUGGUACUUGAUGAAGAAUACAUAAUAUAGAUGAGCUGUUCAGAGGUUUCUAAAUGUGACCCACCCCCUUCCCUGCAGCAUUGUGGGGGUGUAAAUGCUGCCGUUUCUUUUAAUUUAUUAGCAAUUUUGCACUUCUUUGUUUUUUUUAAACCUUUUUAUAUGCUUAACCACUUUCAAAACUUCCUCGAAGAUGUCUCAAAUAGUUUGUUGUAACACCUGAGGCUUCAACUCGUGCUUGAAUGCUUUGCUCACUCGUUUGUCUGCACAUGUUGGUUUUCCUUCUUUUAUAAUAAAUAUUUUAUAUUUGUCUUAUAA